AUGACCGAGAUUAUGCUUCCUGGCCAUAGCAACUAUACCGACAACCUCCGAGCCAUGUCUUCCAACAUACCUUUAGCUGCGGCGGGCCCAAAGAUCGAAAUGCUUCCGAAUCCAGACUUCUCAUUCCCAAGGAUACCGCCUGCCGAUUCGAUGCCACAACUGUCUCGAAACAGCCGCGCCCACCGAAGACCAAUGUCGGUACACAUGGACAGCCUGAAACCUCAGCCUAGCGAGACAUCGCAUCGUCGAGGAGCUUCGAUGCUGCCUAGUUUCACGUUCAACGCGAGUGACACCACCGGCUUGACCGCGGACCAGGCGGAGUCUACUCAAACCUCACCCGCGAGGAGUGCCCACAAGAGGAACACAAGCGAGCUUGUCGGAGGUCAUGGUGUAGGAAUGUCGGGUGCCAUCAGUGCAAGUCCGACCAAGUCUGCGCCUCUUGCAGUACCAGGACGGCCUUCCGGCCAUAAGAGCAGAGCAUCAAGAGUCACUUUAUCGAGUAGUGACUGGAGUGCAGUGAUGACUACAGCAGAAACACAACCACGUUUGAGCAGCAGUCUCCCAAAUACUCCCCUCGAUGGUCCACCAGGCUCAACCUCCGCAUCGAAUGACCCGUUUGGACCUCCUCUCGAUUCUUCACCCGCCAGACCUCCAUCCCGGCCACGCGUCGAGUUCUCCGAAAACGUUGAAUACAUUCCCAGGCCGUUGUCUACCAUCUCAUCCGAGACCGAAAGCUCGAUGUCCACUGUCCGAGGCCACUCCGUGAACAACAGCAUAUCUUCCGUGUUGAGUUUGAGCAGCCCAAGUCCGCCGUCUUCGCGCGCACGAACACCUUCGUUGAGCACAACACUGGAGAACGAGCCAAGGUCUCAGACCAAGUCACCAAUUGGACUCAGCAGACGUGUAGAAAGAGAAGGUCAAUGGCUGAAGCAUGGAAACUCGCACGAGAACCUACGGCGGCCCAUAUCACAGCCUAGCGCGAUGCCCAACAAGCUGACAUUCGCAACGGAAGCACAUGUUGGCAAAGGACGAGGCGUACAUGGUAAGCACAAGUCCCUGAGCUAUGCUCUCGGGUUCGAUCGCCGGCGUAGCGAGCCAGCGAUGGGGAUGCACGCGGACGAACCAUCUCGAUUCUCGACGAUCUCCCUUCAGGAUCCGGUCCCGCACACCGCAGUGGAUCAAAGCGGGCAUUACAACACCGAGCAGCGGUCAUCUUCGAGGAGACUCAAGGACUGGGCGGUGUCGAAGAUCUCACGGCGAGGUAAAGAGUCUGGGAGACGACAUUUCGAGUAUCUCGCGCCUUCAUAUCAAUACCCGCAUGCCGAUGCCAGCCCAGUCAUCGAACCAGAAUCUGCAGAGGCCGAGACUGAUCUUGACGCUGUAUUCAGCAUGGACGCUGAUCCUGUCAGCGCGCACUCUCAGCGCGUGGAGAUCGAACCGCCCGUGUUUGCUAGUCACACGUACUCCAACUUACCCGAAUCUGACGACUCGGGUGGGAUGCUCGACUUGGAUGCAGCACUUGGACCUUUCAAGACACCUCCCUUUGGCGCCCACAAAUCACGAAGAGAAUUGCACAGCAGCCGUGGUGCCAGAGACUUCUUUGGACCAGGUGGACACUAUCAGCCCACGCCUAGUCAUCGCAGGGCAGAGAGCGCUCCAAUGCUUACGCCGUGGGACCAGACUAGGAUCGGCACACCGCCGCAGCCCGGCAUGGCAGACGUGUUCGAGGAGGAGGAAGAGGAGGAAGGUGAGCCUGCAAGACCUGGCAGCACAUCAUCUACUCAAGACGAGGAGUCUCGAAUGGGUGUGCAAAUCGUCGACUCAGACGUCAGCGCGAACAGCUCAACUCCAAGCUUGAGCCUCGAUGAUGGGCUGCGAAUCCGGCAUGCAGAGUGGGAGUCUGAACGACCAGCGACAGCAUUCAGCCACAUGAGCUCAUCUCUUGGCAUGCCGGUGCUGAAUCGCCGAGCGUCCUCUGUCAUCGAAGAUACCAUCAUUGAGGAGUCGAGCCCGGUGGAGCCUGCGAUCGUCGAGUUCCACGAGGAACCACGAGCCCACUCCUUGACAAAGUCAUCGGACAGCAGCGAGACCCCUACGAUUGUAGGUGGUCAACCAGGCAUGCUAACCCUGCCUGACGGCCAGCAGUCGUUGACCACGCCAGAGAGCUACCAAACUUCGGCGUUCUCUACACCUGACUUUACCCGACGCCAAACUUCAUUCGACACCUCGAGAGUCGGCACAUCCGCAUCAUCAAUGACCGGCAACCGCACUAUGAGCUCGUGUACGACAGGCGAGCCCACACCCGAUGUCCGAAUCUCUGUCGACGACAUUCCCUCCCUGACUAGCAGCCGUUCGACGAUGCUAAGCACAUCUCACGCGAACUCAUCCCGCCGAGACAUCAGCGGCCUUCGAACGCCGUCUGUCGCUUCUGGCACCUUGGACUCGACAGCGCACCACGAUCGCUGGCGCAAACGUGCCAGUAUUGCAAGCCUCUCCCAGCUGGUGGGAUCACCUUUUGGACCUCGACCUGGCACUGGAGUAUCUGAACGUCCGCAGACCGCGGCCACCGAUCUGUCGAGCAAGGAGCCGAAAAAGAAAGAGCACCGACUGAAGAAGUUGAUGUUCUGGAAGUCAAAGCAUCGACAAGCCAGCACAUCGACCAUCUCAUGA